GCUGCUGCGCGGCCGUCCUGCCCGACACUGACAGCAUCUUCUCCGGUUGCUUCCCAGCGCCCUCCGCAUCUUGCACUCCACCACGAGCAUGAAGGCCACGUCUCUUGCCCUCUCUCUUGCCCUCUGUUCAAGUGAGCUCGCAAGUGCUCUUCGCCUCAGUCUACACGGUCAGCCAAGACCGAAACGCGUCGGUGGCGGCCUCGGCGCGCGAGCCACCGUCGCCGGGAACACAUCCGUAGGAAACAUAGGCGAUGUCCAGUACACAACAGAUAUCACCCUCGGGGGCUCGAAGUUCUCCGUGCAAAUAGACACCGGAAGCUCCGAUCUUUGGGUGGCCGGAACAGUCCCAAACUCAAAGGACACUGGCAAGGCAGCCAAAGUGCAGUAUGCUGUUGAUGGGGUACAAGGCUCUGUCGAUACUGCCGAUUUAGACUUUGCUGGCUACACAAUAACCGACCAAGCUUACAUCAAUGCUCCUAUUACCCCGACACACACCGCAGGUAGCGGUCUCAUUGGGCUCGGUCCGAACACUGGGUCCGAAGUCAAAGCCGCGAUCGGCGCUUCCAACUCUGCUGGCGACCCGGUGCUUGACCGCAUCUUCAGGCAGAACACAUCGACCCCGAACUACAUCACAUUCCUCCUGGGGCGGAUACGCGACCCAACUGACCCGCCGAACGGGGACUUGACUGUAGGGGAGCUUAUUCCUGGGUACGAGAGCGUGACCUCCCAACCAAAGCUAUCAGUGUCCACUGUGGCGAAGUCAAACUCUGGGAACCAGCAUUGGCAAAUCCUGCUCGAUGCCGACGGGAUCAUCGGACCAGCGGGGAACAACGUCAUCGACCAGUACAAUGUUGAGACGGCUGUAGACUCAACGUCGAACGACAAACAGUUAACAGUGGUGGUUGACACUGGAUACUCUCUUCCCCAAGUCCCUCCUCGUGUUGCGGAAGCCUUCUACGCGAACGUUCCGGGUGCACAACUAGUUAACGUCGCCUCGCUCGAUGGCCAGAUCUGGCAGCUGCCUUGCGACAAGGAGGUGAACGUCACCUUCAAAUUCGCCGGGGUCAGCUACCCAAUGCACCCGCUGGACACCAAUAUCGACCUCAACAUGACAGACGGAAAGGGAAACCCCAUCUGCUUCGGCGCGUUUCAGCCAUUGCAAGCACCAGACGGCGCCACAUACGACAUGAUCUUCGGCAUGGCCUUCCUGCGCAACGUGUACACGUACAUCAACUUUGGCGACUUCGUCGACGGCGCAACCGACACGACCGCGGACCCGUACGUGCAGCUGCUCUCCACGACGAACGACACCGCCGAGUGGCACGCGGACUUCAUCAAGGUGCGCGGGAACAGCCCGUGGACCCCCACGGGCGCGACGUUCGCCGAGCGCAUCCGCGCGCGCCUCCCGCUCAUCAUCGGGCUGAGCGUUGCCGCGGGCGUCGUGCUCCUCCUCGCGAUCGGGGCGUGCUGCUACUACCGGCGCCGUAACCAGCGCCAGCGCAUGGCGUUCUUCCGCCCCGGGCAGAUGUACCAGCCACUGCACGAGCCCGCGCCCCCAGAGGCGCACGACCUGCACCUCGUCGGGAGCGCGGGCGGUGGGCCGCCGCCGUACGCGCAACAGCAGCAGGGGUUCCAGCAGGGGUACAACCCGUCGUACUCGAAUCCUUGGGACGCGCGGUACUGAGUGCCGUCUGUCGAUGUCGAAAACGUGUCAUGGAGGCGGGUGUGUAGAGAUACCCGCCUCCCAGUGUUGUACUGUAUCUAUAUCGGUCUGGAUAGACCUGUCUCUGCUCUUGUUUACCCCGGCCCUGGACGGACAUCUUGUCACGUACUACUUACCAGCUACAUAGAAUCCCUGUCGCGAAUCUGCACAUACCAGUGUUGCAUGCUCUAAUUUAUCCGCUCUCGAC